GCGGUGGUCCCAUCCCGAUCAAGAACGCAGUCAGCGGGAAAAGCGUUGGAUGUUCCCUGGAAGAGGAGAUGUCUUCGUCGGAGCUGAAGUUGCAACUCCAGUCCCACACAGGUUUCCACCCUGCUGUUACCACGAUGUUUGUCAACGGCGAACGCUGUGGCGCCUGUGGCAGAGGCCGCCCCCAGGAUCGUCGUGAAGUGCUGGAGCUCAGUGUUUUGAGGUCCGGCAUGGAUGCGAAGGCUGACGGCUUUUUGAAGAAGCUGGAGGAGGAUGAGAGAUUCAGAAGAGAUUUCCUGGAAGGCUUGAUGGUCUUUUGGCACGAGCUGCAACACGAGAGGUUGAUGCUGGGCCCUCCUUAA